AUGGUCUACAUCUAUCGCUUUCAGGAAGUGCUGAAGAGCUACCAACUGGCCGAAGAGUCUGCUUUGGCACACGCACGGCUGGUGGCCGCAGAUUUGUUGCUACCCACUGUGGGGGCCGUCGAUGCCGUUCAGGCCUCUCUGGCGGGCGGCGUCCUGCGGGACCUCUCGGACUACGGCACCGUGCUGCGGAUCCUUCGGCCGCACUUCGCGUCGCGGAAGAUCCUCGAGGAGGUGGAGUUGGCCGCGCCUCCCAACGCCAGCGGCAUCUCCCCGGGCUCCGUGCUGCUGAAACGCAUCGGUGACGAGGUGAAGUUGCUGACGGACCGUGAUGAUUGUGAAGAGGUGCCCGGUCGUCGCGGCUGCAUCCAGACCUUGUCCGCACGCACAGAUGACUGGUACCGAGACGGCUUCGGCAUUGAUAAAGCCUGGACCUACGUUCCACCCGAGCAGUUCUGGUCCGGGCCGCUGUUCAUCCGAGUGGACAAAGAUCUUACCGUUUGUCCUCAGCUUUGUUGGAAGCCUGCUUUCAUGUUCGUGAAGCGUGCCACAAUCACCGGGGGGCCCAAGGCUGUCAUCAGCGGGAUUGCCACCAGCGAUCAGCCUGCGACCGGCUCUACUCUAAACACUGUGCUUGUGCGAGUGGUGGUGUCUGCGGAAAUCUUUCAGGAGGUGGUGGAUACCGCUGUGUCGUUGAGUCUCGGCGAAGCCAUUGUGGCCACGGCCAACGGUGACGUGGUGGCGGCCAAAGACAUGUCCUCAGCCGUGCUGAUCGACGAAGAGACGGGAAACCUGCAAGUGAACAAGGUCUGGGAAGCCAAGAACCGCUGGGCCGGCGCGGCCUCCGAAGAAAUGGUCUCGCGGGGUCAGGGCGUCUACGCGGAGUCAGGCGCCUACAGCGUCUCAGUACGACGCCUGGAUGGUCCCAAUGACGAUGCUUUAGACCUGGGUUCGACCUUGCGCUUGGUGCUUGGAACUCCCAUCUUCGCAUUCAUGGUCCCUGGGCUCGACAGUGGGGAUCUCCCUCAUCCAAAUCCACAGGAUCCCACCUUGUUCACCUUGACGUGGCCUGCCUGCGGGGUGAGCGCGGCACCCAUCGCCGUGUUGGUCGCGGGGGUGGUGUGGGCCUUCCUCCGACGGAGGAAGAAAAAGCAGGCAACGAGGGCGAUUGCAUCUGUCACCUCUGCCAUGGUCAAGAGAGGGAUUAAAUGCACUGACCCCACCAGAGUCCGGGGCUGUGUCAUUAUGGACCUCUGA